AGUGUUGGGCAGGUAGUGAAUGCAGUUGCAAAGCCAGUAAUUUAGAAGUGAACUAUUUGUUUUUUUUAAUCCGCCAGGCGGGGCUGGAGGUGCUGAGAGGCGUGUUCCUCCCUGUGCUGGUUUUGCGGGUUGUGAGUGAGUGUGUUGUGUGUGGAGCAGCAGCUCACAGUCUCCCUCAGUGUCGCUGCUGUGCCGGAAUACAUCGCUGCGAUACAUUGUCUCCGGCUCACCCCGAUCCGGGCCACGUUCCAUUCUCCCCGCGCCACACGGCAGCCGGCUCCGGGGCGCAGCCUUCCUUCCUCCCGGGUCUCAGCCACUGCAGUGAUAUAUUCAAGGUGAAGUGCCCCUACCCGUCAUCUUUCUGUUACCGUGGUUGUGAUCACUGCCUGGAGUUGUGUAUAAAAGAACAGACAAGUCUCCCACGUCUCUCAGUCAGCUUAUAAAAUAGAAUCAGCAGAGCAGAUUAAUACCGACUUGUGUCUAGUGGCCCUUUGUACAAAGACUGGCUUUAAAGAGAACAUAGUGUUAUUUAAUGAGCUAUAAGAUGAGGCCCCGCUGGUGAUACUUGCAGCAUAAGACUCUUCCUACCUCCAGACUGCUUGAUGUACACGAUUCAACACAGUGCAGUUGGAGUUGCUGAACUCGGAUUCCAAGACGGCUGCUGGAGAAAGGCCAUCGAACAUGCCUACAGAAAUGCUACAAGCAGAUAGCAUGGUCAAACCUGUUGGUUCGACAACCACCUUCACUUCAGCCGUUCCCCUUCGUAUACUGAACAAAGGGCCUGACUAUUUUCGAAGGCAGGCGGAACCCAACCCUAAAAGACUCAGUGCUGUUGAACGGCUCGAAGCUGAUAAAGCGAAAUAUGUGAAGAGCCAAGAAGUCAUUAAUGCCAAGCAGGAGCCAGUGAAACCAGCUGUGCUGGCAAAGCCACCAGUCUGCCCAGCAGUCAGGCGGGCAGCGGGUACCCCUUUGCAGAAGCUGUCUAAUAAUCACAAGGCAGACAGCAGUGCUAAAAGAGAGAACAUAAAUCUGGAAAUCCUGAAGAAUAUAAUCAAUAGUUCAGAAAGUUCCACCUCGGGCUCAGUACAUAAACACAGCACACGGAACUGGCCCCAGCACAGACCUGCCUCCACAGAAAUUAGCCGGCGCACGUUUGCGGAAUCUAUUCGGGUGUACAGUAAUCAAGGCCAGAAUAGUCCACAAGGAGGCAAUCUGAAUGUAACAAAAAGAUUGUUUGAAGACCAAGUUAGUGAUUCAGCCCUGCAUAUUUCUCGCAGUUCAGCAGAUGUGAGAAGAGUUGUGGAAGGGAGGCCUCUAAAACCAAUACCCAGCAGCAGUUCUGCCCCUCCUGUUCUACCCAAGCCUAAUAUUUCAACCUGUAAUGCCCCCAAGUCACCACCACAAACCACCCCGGACUUGACAACCAACCCAAGCAGGCGGCCUUCACUCCACCGCUCCAAGUCUGACCUCAGUGAUCGAUAUGCUCGUGCCAAUGCAGACGUAGAGCGAUUCUUUAACUACUGUGGACUGGAUCCUGAAGAACUUGAAAACCUUGGAAUGGAAAAUUUCACAAGGGCAAAUUCGGACAUAAUCUCCCUGAACUUUCGUAGUGCAAGCAUGAUCAGCUCGGACUGUGAGCAGUCACGACGGAGCAAUGAUGACCUGACGGAUGAUGAAGAAACAAAUGAUCGUGUCCCUUAUGGUAUUUCGGCAGUGGAAAGGAAUGCUAGGGUUAUUAAAUGGUUAUAUAGUUGCAAACAAGCUAAGGAAUCCCAGAAAAUAUCUCAUGUUUAAGGACAUAAAUUAUGGUUGAUUCAUUUUCUUUUGUUUUUUUUUGUCUGUGAAUCUUUUUAGUUGUGAAGUCUACUGGAACAUUUCUUGCAGAUCUCAGUUCCACUGUGAUGUUAGUUGUGUAUGUUCUCAUUGCAUGCUUAUCAAUCUAAGCUCAGAAGUGGCCUCUAUUUCAAAACAUAUGAAGACACGGACAUGGAUGUUUCAACUGUAUUAGAUAUGUAACUAUAUAUGUAUCAACCAAUAAGAGCACGAGGUACUAUGUACACAUUUUAUCGUACAUUUCAAUUAUAUGAGGAAAAAAUGGCCUUGUUGCAGAUUUUCUAUUCAUAAAUAUAAUCUGGAUAGAAAAGAUAAUUCUAUCUGUCUGAAACAUUGCAAUGGCAGUCACAUUUAACUCGCCUCAAUCUGGAAAAGCAUGUUACAGCCCAUAUAACCUCUAAUGGUAGUGACUUGUCUAUAAAGCUGUCCAGUUUAAUGCAACAGCAUGGUACAGCUCUAACAAUCCAUGUCUUCCAAAGCUGCUUCAACUGCCCUUCUAAUUGUCUGCUGUAAUGUGCUGAGAAGUGAAAAGUACAGCGGGUGACCUCGUUAAAUAGUUCAUUGUUGCUUUUCAAUAUACUGCAGUGCUGCACUUCAUUUCAUAAAGAGACUGAUGUCUCAACUGUUGAGAAACCAGAUUUUUUGUAUUAAAAAUGCUGUAAAGGUUUGUAUAUACUUCAAAGCUGUUAUCAGAUCUGUAAAGAAGAGUCUGCUAUAAUAAUAAAUAGUUUCCAGUUCAUUCAUCAUCUUUCUCGAUUUUAGCCUUUUUCAUUCAUAAUUGUUUUAGUUUUAACGUGAGCAUUUCAGAAAAAAAGUUUACAAGUUGUGACUUUUGCUGUUAUUUUCCUCAAUGAAUGAUUUAACAUAUGCAGGCAAAUGUGCAAUGAUAGCCUUUGUUAUUUAGCAAAAUGUCACAUGAAUUAUAUGGUAUUCAACCCCAGAAUUAUAUUCUGCUCUUAGCAAUCAUACUCGCCACCAUAAUAAUAUCUCUUUAAAGACUAUUGUAAGGUUCAGAAAUGUUGCAUUGUAACCUUUUAAAUCUGUAGCAUUGUCCUAUUCAGCAGCAAAACAUAAUGCCAAUUUGCAGCUGUACUCUCAUUGUUCAGGCUGUGCAGGCAUGGGGUAGCAACCUUUAACCUAUUUGCUGUAUUUUUGAAACUUGUAUCUUUAAAGUUUUUUUUCAUUUAAAAGCCUUCACAAGUCUUAUGCAUGGGGUUAUCUCUCCUGCAUGUUGCUGCACUCGCAAAAAAAAGGCUGUGCUACACUACACUAAAACUCUGUUUCUCAUUAGAGCUAUAGUAAAUUACAAAGCAGUGAUAAAUGAAGCAUUAUGGGAAUAAAGGCAGCAACAUCUGUCUUGUAAUAAUGCCCAAGUUAAACAGUGAAUGCCAGAAAUCUGAAGUUAAAACUGAAAUUGCAGGCUAGGCAGUGGUCAAUUGGUGAAAGAUGGUGAACAUCUCUGGAAAACUGGUAAAUGUUCUCAACGUGAAGCAUUCAUUUAUAUUUUUAGAUAUUAUUCAGUUGGGAACCUUUGGCGGUUCUACAGAAACAUUAACCUCACUUUCCCUUUCAGAUGCUGACUGGAUGUCCAUUGUGCAUUUUCUGUUUUUCAUGUAGCAUUUUCAUUGUGCUAUUCUUCAUAUAAAUCUAUUAUUAGAUUGCCAGUUUGUAUCUUUUGUUGGUAAAACUUGUAACUUUUUGGCUUUUGUAUUUGUUAUAAAAUAUAAUCAAACCUUUCUACUUGAAAUUUGUAAAGCAAAAAUUAAUGACCAUUUACCUGUGCACUCUUUUUCUGCAUCUGUAUUGUAAUCUCCUCAUAUGCUGUCUUUAAGCACAAUUAAGUUUGUGGAAUUUGGGAAUGAUACUACUGACCAUGUCUCUAAACA